GAGGGAAGGAGGGAGGAGGGAUGUGAGGGGAAGAUAAAUCUGCAUUCUACCGCUGCCUCUGGUCAGAGACAGUUGGAGCGCAGCUCAAGGAGAAGCAGCAUCACUGGCAGGAGACACAGCAUCACAAUUUUAAAAACACAUUUUGCUGCGAACAGGCUGCAGAGUGAUCUUUGAGACUGCAAGAGCAGAGACAAGAAGGAAAGACCAGCUGGACUCGACAAAGACGAAGCCAUGCGGCCGCGGUCCAGACUGCUGUCCAAGAGAAGACUCCUGCUGCCCACAAUCAGAGAGGGCACCGAAGAGACGGUGAGGGAUUUAAAUGAGGCCAACGCACUCCACUUUGACCAGGCUGUCUCCUCUGAGGACUACCUCCUCUCCAUCUGCCACCUCGCCCACCCCACCUUCCCCACCAGGGAUGCGUCCCCCUACAACAGCCACACGCGGCAGCUGGAUGCUGUGCACCAGAGGCUGCGGCUGUCGCGGCUCAGCGGGACACCAUCAGCCACCUUGGGGUUCGACCCCGCGGAGGAGGGGCACGUCAUCGAUAUGCAGCUGGGAAGGUGGAAAGAACUGGACGGUGAGCUCACGUUUGGCAACUCUGACCCCCUGGAGUAUCUGUACGGACACCAGGACAACCUCCCGGGAGGUGUGAGGGGGACAUUUGGUGAGGGGAGGUUUAGAAAGCAGCAUGGGGGCAUACAGGAGGGCCAGGCUCGCGCCAGAGCUCACAGCAUCCCCCACGCUUCAAGUCCUGACCUCUCACGCCAACGCAAGAGCAGCUGCCCAGAGCUACACUCCUCUAUUCCAAACAUCUCCCCAAAACACAGCAGGAGAGGCAGGCCGGCUGACAGGGGAGCAGAGGGGGAGAGACAGAAUCCAGCCGUCAAGCAAUCCCUCAUCUCCCAGUGGAUCUCUGACUGCAGGUCGGCCUGGAGGGAGGCGCGUACGCGGGCCUGCAUGCUGCCCACCAUCGCCGAGAUAUAGAUGGACAGACAUUGUGACAGAAGACGUCCCUCAAUAAUCUUUUCCUGUCAGUGCAUGAGACACUGACAUUAGGAGCUACGUAGAUGUGUAUUAUGCAGAUAUAUAUAUGAUUAAAUACACAUUUAAAAACACACAGAGGCAAAUAAAUACUGCCACGAUUGUCUGUCUGUAAUGUUACAUACAUGUCAUUAAUUACUACCUAUGCUUGAUGUAUGCUGGUGAUCAUACAAAAUCAUAAAAACUAGACAAAUCUGCAAAAUCUUUUUUUUUUUUUACCCUCCAGUGUUUUGUGAACUGAUUAUGAAUCAAUUAAACAUUCCUUUUGAU